UGCAGGAGAAGUUUAAGAAUAGACCCUGGUUAUUGGAGGAUGAAUCAGGUCAGUCUCAGUUCCAUGGUCAUCCUGAGGGUGCACAAUCAGCAACCUACUACCUACUAAUGUUGCAGGGUAGAGAAUUUGUUGCCAUUCCUGCUGGUUCCUGGUACAACUUCAACAAAGUUGCACAGUACAAGCAGCUUACUUUGGAAGAAGCAGAAGAAAAGAUGAAUAACAGAAGGAAAACUGCUGAUGGUUACCAAAGAUGGAUGAUGAAAGCAGCAAGUAAUGGACCUGCUGCCUUUGGAGAAGCUGGAAAAUUUGAUGACAAGGAAAGUGGAGCUGGUGGUGGGAGGGCAAGGAGAAAAUCUGGUGAUGAUGAGGAGGGCAAUGCGUCAGACCAAGGAGAAGAAGAUGAAGAAGAGGAGGCAGCUAGGAAACGUAGAUCAGGACUCAACAAAAAAGGGGGUGAUGAUGAUGAAGAGGGACCCAGAGGUGGUGAUCUUGAUCUGGAUGAUGAUGAUAUUGAAAAAGGUGAUGAUUGGGAGCAUGAAGAAAUUUUCACAGAUGAUGAUGAAGCUCCUGGAAAUGAUCCGGAGGAAAGGGAAGAUUUGGCUCCUGAAAUCCCCGUUCCUCCGGAAAUUAAGCAGGAUGAUGAGGAUGAGGAUGAAGCUGAUGGGGAAGGAGGAGGGGGUUUGAGCGAAUCAGGUAAAGAGUUGAAGAAAAUUCUAGGAAAAGCUAAUGGGAUGAAUGAAUCAGAUCCAGAGGAUGAUGAUGACGAUGAUGAGGAAGAUGAUUUCUCAUCACCUGUAUUGGCUCCAAAGCUGAAAGUAACUCCAAAAGAGGAUCAAGCUGAGACCAGCAGUCCAGGGAAGCCACAUGGUUCGAGUUCCACUCGAGCAGGCUCAUCAGCUUUGAAGUCAACGAAGGGUAAAAGAAAAGCCAGUGUGGAUGAACCAAAAUCUGCAAAUGUUGCUGCUUCAAAAAAAGCGAAAACAGAAACGGAAGUGAAGCCAGUGAAAGAAGAAGCUAUUCCACCUGCUGCUAAUAACAGUAGCAUCCCCAACAGUUUGACAUCAUCAUCAUCUUUGACCCCACAGCCACCUGCAAGAACCGCUCCAACACCAGUGACUGAAGAUGAAAUUAGAGCUGUUUUGCUGCAGCAAAGGCCAGUUACCACUCAGGAUCUUGUCAACCAAUUUAAAUCUCGACUGAAAACAAAAGAGGACAAGAACACUUUCGCAGCUGUAUUGAGGAGAAUCUCCAGGAUACAGAAGACCGAAACUGCUAAUUAUGUAGUCUUGCGAGAGAGGACUAACCAGUAAGGCCAGAGUUGUGGUUUUCACUUGAUGAGUUCUCCAACCUCAACUGAUGAUAUUAGCGCAAGAUGCAAGAGGGUCAAGCAUGAAGUACUCUUUGUUUUUUGUAAAAAAAAAACAUUAUGGAGAGUAAAGAAAUGGACAAAGAAGGAAUUAACUUUGACUUUAUACAUGCAUUGCAUUUUUUUAAAUUUCAGUUGGUUAUUGCAACUUUAAAUCUCAACAUACAGAAUGAAUGUUGCUUUGUUAUCAACUUUUUGAUUGCAGGAAAAUAAGUUGUCUCAAAUGAUUUCAAUAGUUGAUGUAUACAUAUUACCCUAAAA